AUGCAUGCUAUUGUGCUAUAUGAACCUCCACAGAGCGAGACCUUACUGUUAACUAACAGAGCUGUAGAAUUUACCCAUCGAUCAGCUUCAAAGUGGAUCCGUUUGGUUCCAAAACGAUGCACCCCUAGUCUGGGAGCACUGACGGCCUGUCUGUGGAUAAAAUACAAUCCAAUUCUCAAUGCUACGAAAACCACGCUCCUUUCAUAUGCGACUACAACGUACACCAAGGCCUUUGUGCUUCUGUUUGAAGACGAAGAGCUAGUGAUACGUAUUAACUCUCACUCACAUCUCUUUGGCCGUCUAACGCUGUCCAACAGCACUUUCUCCGACAACGCCUGGCACUACCUGUGCGUUUCGUGGGCAAGCAGUGACGGAAGUUGGCACUUCUAUGUUAAUGGCAGCCUGGCGUCCCAAGGGACAGGGUACGACGUAGGAGAGGUGUUGGAAUCUGAUGGUGCAUGGGUAGUAGGCCAGGACCAGAACAGUGUGGGAAGUGGUUUUGACCACAGACAAGCAUUCAAAGGUUUUGUGUCCUCUGUCGCCAUCUGGGACCACGUGGUGAACAUAACCAACUGCGGGCUGUGUUGCCAAGGUAACCUGAUCACGUGCCCGUAUUUUAGUUCGUCUGAAGUCGAACUCAGCGAUGCCGUCAUUGUUAACGACGACGGACCAAACAAUUGUUAG